AUGCGAUUCUGGAAUUCCUUGUUCCCAACGGGUCUACUACUUCCCAUCGUUGCGGCUGAUUUCCAUGGUGGAAUACUCACUCAAGACCCCCUCGAUGGCAGCGAUUGGUCUAGCAUAUGGUGGGUUACAGUCGCAUCGCGGAAUCUCAGCUGUAAACCGAUGGCAAGUGAAAUCCACAAAUAUGCCUCCACUCUCGUACCCCUCGGGUACCCACUGAAGUUUAAUAUUUGCGAUACUACGGUUACGGUUUCUGAUGACCUUAACUACUGGAACACCAACCAAGCUAGCGGAGAUUGUUUCCGAACUGGUCCUGAUCCACGCUUCAAUGCGGGUAAUUGCUCGGGGCCCAUCCAGAACUACUAUGACAAGUUCUUUUGCGCCGCACCCACGGUGUGCCCAUAA